AUGUCUGAAAUGAGUAAGUGGAAGAAAUUUGCACAAAAUAUAAAAUUAAAACGAACAAAUGUUGCUACAAAGCAAAACAAAACAAAAUGUGGCGAAGCAAGUAAGAACACUUGUGGUUCAAGUAUUUUGGAAAACAAAGAAAUCACGGUGCAGCCUCUAGCAACUGAUGCAACCGGGAAAGCUAAAAAAUACGAGAGAACCGGUCCGCAAGAGUUCGUACCAUUCUUUUUUGAAGAGGUCACUAUUCCCAAUAUCAUUGCUGCUUGUAACAAGCACUUCAAGAAACGAGCUAAAGGCAUGUCAUGUGAUGUUCUUGCAAGCGAACGUGGCCCGUCAUGCACGAAGAUCUCACAAUUACCAAGCCUCAAGUUAUUUCAUAUUAGAUUUGUUAUGACGGACGAUCAAAUGAACAGCGAGGGUAGUAGUACUGCAUACAGUCGAUACAGUGGCAUAAACUCCAGCCCAGUCCGAUUUGGAUCAAAAGCAUCAACGUCGACGCGCGCUGAUCCAAUUAUCGUCCCUCAUUCGACGAGUGCCAUUGGCGUUAAACGUAAACUAGAAAGUUCCUUUCGAGCUCCAGUUAAUAAGGUCCCAAAAAGCCUUGGAAUUACAACUAUGAUGAGACUCGGACAGGCUAUAACGGCUACGGAAACUUCGCAGGAGAUUGUUGAAGUUUCAAGAUUUAAUAUUAAUGAUAUGGUCUGGUCACCGCCAGUAUCCGUACACUUUACAAUUGAAAAGGAGAAGUUUGCUGAAGGUGGUUUUCGUGCUGCAUACAAGGCUACCUCGAAAUCACCAAAUUUUGAAGGUAAAACCUACAUUGUGAAACGCUUCUUACCUAAAACAGUUGAACUGAUUGGAGCAGUAAACGAGACUCAAGAAGACCAUGCACGAAAGUCUAUUCAGAUGCAAGCAUUGGCAAAUAAUUUCGCAGAACAAGUUGCAGCAAAAGUACAGAAAGAUGGAAACAAAAAUGUAUUUGGAAAGCCAUUUCGGUAUGUUGAUGCAUUUUUGGGAAAGGUUCAGCGCACAAACCAAAUUGUAACAAUAGAACAGUUUGCAUCCGGUACUUUCCAAAAAUAUGUAAACAACGAUGGAACAAUCUCACAUAACAAGGACAUUGAGAAGCAAAGAAAGGCCGAAAGCCUUGUUCAUUUUUCGUUUGUAAAGUCGAACAGGAAACUCUUCUUGGUAGAUAUCCAAGGAGGUGAGUAUAACCUAACAGAUCCUGAAAUUGCCACAGUCUCUGGCAUAUAUGACAAUGACGACCGCCUUCUCUUCUGUGCUGGAAAUCUAUCAACAGAAGCAUACUUGAAUUUCUUCAAUGCUCAUAAGUGUAAUGCAUUUUGUAACCUCCUUGGUCUCGUGCCGGAAGAAGUAGAGAAUGAUGCGUAA